AACAAAAUCGGAUUCAGGCAGUUAUCCACGGUUACAGAUAUUUUUACCAUCCUACCCAUAAUCCCAACAACCAAAUCGGUAAAAAUAUCACAUAUAUCAGAAGUAGACUCCUAGACUCCACCAUCUAACAAUACAGACAAACCAAUUCCCCACUUGAACAAGCUUUCCCUUUCCUCAUUAUUAACGUGUUUCGUUCUAUUACACCGACGUCCUAAGGCUCCAGAAUGAUCGAGUGAUUGUUUUCAAGAAAAUAAUAAUGGUGGAUUUAUUGACUUCUUAACCAGACGCUUCCCUCACAUUGUUAUAUCCAUUCCAUCCUUUCACUUAUGUAUCAUUUGAUUUCACACUCACAUUAGUGUAUUUGGAUUAUAUGUAUACUAAUAAUGAUGUGUAGGUUUUAAGAAUGUUUUGUGACGUAGAAAAAUGCACAGAUUAUAUAUGAAGUAAAAUACAUCAUGCAUUCUCUAUAUAUGCAUUCUGUGAUUAAAACACGUAAAAAAAAUGUUGUAUUCUAUAGAAUACAUGCAUACUCAGAAUACAACAUUUAAAUUCAAGGUUCGAACCUGGCCAAGUGUAAAGUUACCACUCCAUGGUUUCAACCACAUUGGUUGUCAUGCCGGUGGCAUGCCACCCGGUUGAACCUGGUUCAAUCUGUACCGGUCAUGAAACCGGCAUGACACCACUAGUAUGACCGGUAUGAUCGACUUACAUAUUCUAAGCAAAUUAAUAUCGUUUUAAUGAAUUUAAUUAAUAUAAAAAUUAAUUUAUCAUUCAUUUUAUGAAUUUAAUAGUUAAAAAUUGAUGAUAUUUGUUGGAUUGUAACUUAAUUGUCCACAAAUAUGUUUUAUAUAUGAUUAAAUACAUUGGAUAUUAAUUGUUUUUACACUUUUUUAAACCGACAUGAAUCGACACAAACUGGUUAUACCAUCGGUCAUACCAUUCCACUUGCCAAACCUGCACAACGGUAUAAACCGGUUUGACAACCUUGAACCACAACCAAUCACAUUCUUAGUCAGCAAGAAACGCAAAACUCCCCAACAACCCUACACGUGUAGGGACAAGAUCCAAACAAGUCGCGAUUUUUGAAAACGAUGGAAAUAAAGAAGAUUAAAAUAAUCGAACCGGGCGGACCGAUUGGUCAACAAAUAUCUACCCCCCUCUUCUUUUGAGAUAAUUAUCUACCCCCUUCUUCAGGCUUGACUGUUGAGCUCAUUCCAGACUUUACUCUCGCAGCUCUGCUCUCUCUUCCGAUCAUCGCACACCAGUAAGUCACUUCAUCCUCUGGUUCUCUUUCCCUUGCGCGAUUGCUUCUUCCGCUGGUUCUUCGUAGCCAUUGAUCGUUGCUGUUUGGACUGUGAGUAGAGUGAUUCCCAUGGUUUGACUUCCAAGUUUUUGACUGGCUGGUGGGUGGACUGCGCUCUCGCUCUGCCUACCUGUUUGUUUUGCUUGGAAUUUGAAGGAAAACUUUAAUUGGCUUGCAUGUCUUUGAGCUUUGAUCGCCGGUGUGCGGAUUUCUUCCGUUUAGCAUCUCGACGAUUUGCUUUUGCGUAAUUUUGGAAAUUUUUGUAUGCGCCGGUGACGUGGUUGUUUUUUGUCCGUGAUAUUUCGUUUGUCCGUUUGUGUGUUUGGCUAUGGAUGUAUCUGAAGUUUUUUUUUUUUUGUGUGGAGAUUAGACUGAUCUAUAUGUUUGGUUUAAGAAGUUUGAUUUACGGCCAUGGUACUUAUAUCGGUUUCCCUUACAGUAGCAAGGAUGGGAACGUCGUUUAGGCCUGUCGCAGCUGCUCUUCUGCUCUGCCUCCUGCUGCCUUUGGCUUUUGCCGCGCCCAAUGAUGGGCUGGUCAAGGUUGGGAUCAAGAAGAGAAAGUUUGAUCAGAACAACCGUGUUGCUGCCCAGCUGGGGUCUAAAGAAGGGGACUUGUUGAAUGCUUCCGUUAGAAAGUACCGAUUCCGUGGGAAUUUGGGAGAUAGCGAGGAUGCUGACAUCGUGAUCCUGAAGAACUACAUGGAUGCUCAGUACUUUGGGGAGAUUGGUAUUGGCACUCCCGCACAGACUUUUACGGUGAUAUUCGACACGGGUAGUUCGAACCUGUGGGUGCCUUCUUCCAAGUGCUAUUUCUCGCUUGCUUGCUAUCUCCACCCUAGGUACAAGUCAAGUAAAUCAAGCACCUACAAGGAGAAUGGAAAAUCUGCCGCUAUCCAGUAUGGAACUGGAGCUAUUUCUGGCUUCUUCAGUGAGGAUAAUGUAAAAAUUGGUGAUAUUGUUGUCAAGGACGUGCAAUUUAUUGAAGCAUCAAAGGAACCAGGAAUCACGUUCUUGGUGGCUAAAUUUGAUGGUAUACUCGGGCUUGGCUUUCAGGAGAUCUCUGUGGGAAAUGCCGUCCCUGUGUGGUACGACAUGAUUGAACAAGGACUCAUCAAUGAGCCAGUUUUCUCAUUCUGGCUUAACCGCAAUGCUGAUGAGGAGCAAGGGGGCGAACUUGUUUUUGGUGGUGUGGAUCCUAACCACUUUGUGGGUGAGCACACAUAUGUGCCUGUGACUGAGAAAGGUUAUUGGCAGUUUGAUAUGGGUGAUGUUUUGGUUGGUGGAAAAUCUACUGGAUUCUGUUCCGGUGGCUGUGCAGCCAUUGCUGACUCUGGAACCUCUUUGUUAGCCGGACCAACGUCAAUUAUUACAGAAGUUAAUCAUGCCAUUGGUGCUACUGGGGUAGUCAGCCAAGAAUGCAAACUUGUAGUUUCUCAAUAUGGAGAAACUAUAAUUCGUAUGCUUUUGGCAAAGGAUGAACCUCUAAAGAUAUGUUCUCAGAUCGGCUUAUGUGAGUUUGAUGGAUCACGUGGUGUUAGCAUGGGUAUUCGGAGUGUUGUGAAUGAGAGCAUUGAGAAAGCAGUUCAUGCUACCAGUGAGGCAAUGUGCAGUGCUUGUGAGCUGGCAGUUGUCUGGAUGCAGAACACGCUUAAGCAGAAUGAAACACAGGAACAGAUACUCAACUAUGCAAAUGAUCUCUGCGAUCGAAUCCCAAGCCCAAUGGGUGAAUCAGUAGUUGAGUGUGCCGGCUUGUCUACCAUGCCUAAUGUUUCAUUUACUAUUGGUGGAAAGGUCUUUGAACUUACUCCGGAGGAGUAUGUCCUCAAAGUUGGCGAGGGGCCUGCUGCUCAGUGCAUUAGCGGAUUUACAGCACUCGAUGUCCCGCCACCACGUGGCCCUCUCUGGAUCCUGGGCGAUGUGUUCAUGGGCCGUUACCACACCGUGUUUGACUACGGCAACCUCAGAAUUGGGUUUGCAGAAGCCGCGUAGUUGGACUGUUUCUCUAAUGCUGCUGGUUCAGCUCCGGUGCCGGCGUGGUAUCUUUUAUUAUUCUCUCCUGAUGCGGUGACACACUGUUAUCAGUAUAACCUUCCCUGUGAGUGCCACAUGCUUGUAUAUAGUUGUGUCUCGCCGGAAGACUGAGAAGUAUGUUUGUUGUGGAACUGCAAUAUGCAAGACUGUGUAACGCCGACUAAAUGUUGUUGUGCACUCCCGUAAGUUAUUAUUUUGGGAGAGCGAAUGAUAGAAUACUAUGCACACAAACUUUGCGAGGCCUAUCUUCUUGCCUGUUAUUUAUGUGAUGUAAAUGCAACUAGUUGGGUACGUAGGGGUUUAUGCAACAUCUCUCAAGUUUAAUAAUCAGGUUCGAGGCGUGCUUUGUGAUUACGCGCUAGGUUUGCUUCAUGAAUUGGAAAAUGGGAGUUUUGGUAAAAUUUGUAUUUUGAAAAAUCAUAGAUUUAUGAUGGAGUUAUUGCCCUUAUAGAUUUAAAGAAGUGUUGCUUAUUGGAUUUUGUUAUGGAUUUUACUUAUCAUAUAUGUUAGUAUGAUGGAUUGUCAGCUUUCGUUCAAAUCUCAUCUUGAGAAAUCUAUAAAUCUCAUGGAUUCUACUUCUCUAAAAUUGACGAGAAAAUAAUGAACUUUGGAACAAUUCUAUAAUAGAUGGGAUUUGAGACGCAAAGCCAUUGUCAAAAUCAUGAAGCAAACCAACGCUAAGUAGAGAGAUCCAUUUAACCCUUGAACUUCAUAUGUUUCCCACAUCAAGGAGAUCAAAGAGAUUAAUGCACAAUCAUAGAGAUGAGAUAGCAUGCCUACCCUUAAAAGGGCUGGAAAAAUGACACCCUAUUAAUUAUAAGUUUUUAAGGUAAUUAAUUUGGGUUGCAUUUAUUAAUCUGUAUGAAUUAAAAAUACAUAUUAAUUACUUUCCUUGUUUUAGUACACUGGUAGUUGUAUCAAUGCAAUGGUAUUAGUGUACAGGUGCAAUGAUAAAUGUAUCAGUUCAAUGGUAGUUCCAAAGAAUUAACGUAAUUAAUAUAAGUUCAGUAUACAGGUGCAAUGGUAGUUGUAUCAGUGCAAUGGUAGUUAAAAAAAAAGGAAUGCAAUUAAGACGAGUUUUCAAUUUCCAAAGAUUAUUAAAUGCAACACGAAUUUAAUACAAAAAAUAACUAUAAUUAAUAGGAGUGUCAUUUUUUCAACUCCUUAGAAGGAUUAGCAUGCUAAAGCAUAUACUCAUUAUGUCAUUAUCUCCUGCUUCUUGGAUUUAGCAUUUCGCUUUACAAUUUGCAUAAGAAAUCAUCUGCUUAAAUAUAACAUUUGUUUUAUACAAAAUCAUAAAAAUUUGCAAAAAUAUCAAUAUUUGAUAAUACAGAUUAUUUUUAAAU